AUGGUACGCAACUCGAGCCCGAUGUCCCUGCUCCCCUCUCACACGAACACCAGGUCCUCGCUCCAGUCCCAAGCCACUAUCAUCUCCAACAACCUUGUCAGCGUCUCCGAACACCUCUCCGACCACCGCGACCUCCUCUCCUCGCUAGUCGCCUACCCGGGCCCUGAUUACCCCGGCCGAACCCAGGCCGGCAUUCUCGAGCAACUCCUGCGCACGAAACUCGACCCCCGCGUCGAAGACUGGGUCGCGCGCGGUCGUGCUGCGGGGUCUGGAUCGACGCCUGCUUCUGCCUUCACCACGUCUGAUGCUGCUUCCGUCCCUGCGCCAAGUGCCCUUGCGGCCAAUGACUUCAAACCACUCAGCGAUGCGGAGCUAGCGGAGCUGUGGGCGUGGGCGCCGGUCGAAGCGAACCAGGAAGCCCGACGGAGGAAUUGGGGAGGGAAUUUCACGCUGGAGGAACGGGAGGCUGGGAUUGAGAAUGUCGUGACGGGACUAAAGCGGCAAUUGGAGGACGACGAAGGCGACGAGGAGGACGAGGAAGAGGAGGGGGAUGGUGACGCCGAGGGCGAGGACGAGAUGGAGAUUGUCGGGGUGCGCCGCCGGUCUGGCGCCGGGACGGUGGAGUUUGAUGUUGCGGCGCCUCAUCAUCACAAGGCUGAGCCUGUGGUUCCGUUGCCGGAGAUCCUGAGGUAUAUGACUACGGGGCGCAUGCCGUAG